CUCCUGAGCUAUCGAAACAGAAUUCGGUGGAAAUAUAAGUGGUCAUCCAGGUCGUGGAAUUAUCAACUCGGUUAGUCGUCACAGCCGUCAGCGGUUUCAUUGUGAUUCUAGGAAAUCUAAAGUGAAAAUUGUCAUCAUCGUUUGUGAAAUGAACGAGAAUUCGAAUGUCGAGCGGUGACAGCGCUCUAAGUCUGAUCCAUGGAUAUGGCAGUAGUGACAGCGAUUCAGAUACGGAACUCGGCGAUGAUAACAAAAGCCGUCGCGCGAAACGAAGAUUAUCAGCCGGACCAAGCUGGAAAAAAAGCGAGGGAAACAAAAUGAUCAAAUCUGAGUCAAAGAGAUUAGAAUUACCAGACGGCAUUGCUGGUUUGUUUACAGAUAAACAAAGUAAGUGGGUGGAUGAUAAACACAAACAUGAAGGAAGGAGUCGGUCCUUUGAACAUCAGGCUGGAAACUGGGCUACAUUUGUACACAUUCCAGUUCCACCUAGUGAUGAUUUUUAUGACUUGUGUACCGCUCUUGUCCACGCAUUACCAACCGACAUACCCAUGAAACUAAUGGAUGACUUCCAUGUCAGUUUAUCAAGGACUGUUGUUCUUCAACAUCAUUGGAUCAAUUCGUUUAUUGAAGCUUUAAGACAAUGUUUUAUCGACUGUUCCUCAUUCACAUUGGUACUUGAAACAUUAGAGUUUUAUACAAACGAUGAAAAGACCAGGUCAUUUUUGGGUUUGAAAGUUUCUAUUGGGCAUGAUUAUUUGCUGGAAUUAGUUAAACUGGUCGAUGAGUGUCUCUUGGAAUUUAGAUUACCAAUAUUUUAUGAGAAACCGUCAUUCCAUGUUAGCAUCGCAUGGUGCCUCGGCAACAUGAGGGCAAAGGUCACAAAGGAUCUCACUAACGACUUAAAGAGACUGUUUGAUGAUUUUAUUGACCAGAAUCCCGCCAUUGACAGAGUGGAAGUGAAAGAAAUUCAAUGUAAUAGUGGAAAUAAGCACUUUUCAUUUCCAUUGAGUUGACCAGAUUCACCCAAUUCUUUAUUUCAUAUAAAUUAAUGUUUAAUCUAGUUACAUUACUUUUCCAGUAUACACACAAGAAUUCACUACCACAGCUUGAAAAAAAAAAA